AUGUGCGACGAUAUUCCGAUGGAAAUCUUCUCUUCGCCGUCCGAGAGGAGUUUGUCCUGCUCGACGGCACCUACAAGUCCCAGCUCGAGUCCUCUCUUUCGGCCCUCGGAUGUGGAUGAUCUGAAGCUGGGGCUACCCCAGUCCAGACUCGGUGAAGCGGAUCUGAGCGACGGUACAGUCAAGAAUGUGUGUGUGGUGGGUGCAGGAUACGUCGGUGGACCAACAGCGGCAGUACUGGCCCUCUACCACCCCUCAAUCACCGUAGAGGUGCUGGACAGGGAUCUGGCGCGUAUCCAGCGAUGGCAGUCAGCGCACCUGCCGGUUCAUGAACCAGGCCUGGACACAGUCGUGCGCAUCGUGCGUGACGGCGCCAAGGUAGAGCAUGAAGCGAACACCCAGGCUGUCUCGCCCGCGGUCACGCGCGCCCAGAAUCUCUUCUUUACCCGUGACACUCAGGCCAUUGCCCGUGCAGACAUCAUUCUCAUGGCUGUCAACACUCCGACCAAGAUGUUCGGGGUCGGCGCAGGCUGCGCCACCAAUAUGACGGCCUUUGAUGGGGCCAUGCGCGAUGUCGCGACCCAUGCCAAAGCCGGCGCGAUCAUCGUGGAGAAGAGCACGGUGCCCGGAGGCACUGCUGAGCGUGUUCGAAGAAUGCUGGCGACUCUUCGCCCCGGAGUGCCUUUUGAGGUUCUGUCAAACCCUGAGUUUCUUGCCGAGGGCUCAGCCAUCCAAAACCUCACAGCUCCAGACCGUGUGUUGAUCGGAUCCGCCGCAAGCCCCUCAGGACGCCAGGCAGCUCAGACGCUGGCAACCCUCUAUUCGGCCUGGGUCCCUCGAGGCCGGAUCCUCGAGACGAACGCCUGGUCUUCAGAACUUGCUAAGCUCGUGGCCAAUGCCAUGCUGGCACAGCGAAUCAGCAGCAUCAAUUCAAUCAGCGCGAUUUGUGAGAGGACUGGCGCCGAGGUCGAUCAAGUGGCCAAGGCCAUUGGUCUGGAUGUACGGAUCGGACCCCAGUUCCUCAAGGCGGGACUCGGAUUUGGUGGCUCCUGCUUCCGCAAAGACAUCGCCAACUUAGCAUACAUGGCCGAGUCUUUGGGACUAGACGACGUCGCACAUUACUGGCGACAGGUGAACGUGAUGAACGAGCGACAGCGCGACCGAUUCUCGCGCAAGAUCAUCGAUCGGUUUGAGGGCAACUUAGUCGGGCGCAAGCUAGCCAUGCUCGGAUUUGCAUUCAAGAAGAACACAGGUGACACACGUGAAUCAUUGGCAGGGGACGUAAUCCGAGUCCUGCUGGAAGAGCGACCGGCGGAGAUUGCCAUUUUCGACCCCUACUGUCGUCAAGAGGAUAUCUUCCGCGAGCUGGAGCUUGUCUGCCCUGGUAUCGCCCAAGGUGGAACCCUGAAAAUCCACACAGACCCGUACAUGACAUGUUCUCAGGCUCAUGCCAUUCUCGUUGUCACCGACUGCGACCAGUUCCGCAAUACUCCACGGAAACCCUCACCACCGGCAGUUUCGUCUGCAGAGAAAGGCUUGGCUCGAAGCGCGGCCGAUGACUGCCAUGACCACGCCAAGCGUGCAUGCGCUCGUCAAGAGCACGAGACCUGGACACACGCGGGCGUAACCUACCAAUUGACGCCUCAGAGCUGUGGCUCUGACUGUGCGGAUUGCCGAUCGAUAACACGACCAACCACCGAGGCAGUGGAAUGGACGCGCAUUGCAUACAACAUGGUCGAACCCAAGUUGGUGUUUGACGGCCGAGGAUUGUUGGACUCGGCGGAGUUGGCCAAGUUGGGUUUGCGGGUGGAUAGCGUGGGAAGGCGGAAUGCUCUUGAUGUUUUGGCCUAA